AUAAAUAGUCCUGUCAAAAGACGCAGCGCGCCUUGGUGCGCGCCGAGCCUGGGCCCGGGCGCCGACUUCUCGGCCCAACUCUCCCGGGUCAGCGGAGGGGCUCGUUCUCCAGGCCCCGCGCUUCCCGACCUCGGUCUCUAGUCCUCCCUGGAGUUCAGCUCGGCCCCCGCCUCCGCGAGGGAGCGGAAGGAGGAGACCGCGAGGCUGGCCUAGGGGAGGAAGGCGGGGGCGUGGGGGACGCAACGAUGUCCACUGGCUCGGUGAGCGACCCCGAGGAGAUGGAGCUGCGGGGGCUGCAGCGCGGAUACCCGGUCCCCGUCUCCAAGAGGCCGCCGCUCCGCGGCUCCGAGCGCAGCUACAUCUCGCCCAGUGACAACUCGUCCGCGGAGGAAGAAGACCCCGACGGCGAGGAGGAGCGCUGUGCGCUGGCAGCGGCGGGCGGCGCCGGAGGCUGCAAGAGGAAGCGGCCCCGAGUGGCUGGGGGCGGCGGCGGCAAGAAGCCCCUCCCGCCCAAGGGCUCGGCGGCCGAGUGCAAGCAGUCGCAGAGGAACGCGGCCAACGCCCGCGAGCGCGCCCGGAUGCGCGUGCUGAGCAAAGCCUUCUCCAGGCUCAAAACCAGCCUGCCCUGGGUGCCCCCCGACACCAAGCUUUCCAAGCUGGACACGCUCCGGCUGGCUUCCAGUUACAUCGCGCACCUGCGGCAGCUGCUGCAGGAGGACCGCUACGAGAACGGCUACGUGCACCCUGUGAACCUGACAUGGCCAUUUGUGGUCUCAGGACGACCCGACUCUGACACCAAAGAAGUUUCCGCAGCCAGCAGAUUAUGUGGGACCACCGCUUAGAUCGAACUCCGACUUACUUGACGGGAUUAUUGGACUCUGCACCGCCCAGGCCUUUCACCGUUAGGCAAUGAUUAGAACGCGCUCUCGACAAUCGGCAUCAAAGACGGAGGUCUUCACGUGAGACCUGCAUCGGGACAUGUUUUUAAGUUGCAAAGAGAGUGUGGCACACCUGGACCAGGUUUGUAUCCUGCAGGACAGCGCCCUCCUGGCGGACGCACGAUGCCCUCUCCACGCGGGGAGAGGUGGGGGCGCGCUUUCUGAGACCAACUGAGCUGGAUUUGCCCGGAGCGCUCCUGGAGGUUCGGUCUCCAGGUGCGAUCAAGACCCUCACUCCCCUCAGGCGCCCAUCUCUCCGUAACCAGGCUUCGAUCUGUCCCCUCCCCUUUUAGACUUGAGCCUCCCAUCCGCCUCUCCCCACUAACCAGGCUCCGGUCUCCUUCGGCGCCUCCCUCUGCUCCCUCCUCCCACACCUACUUGCCUGGCCCACCCCCAUUCCUGAUUGCCCCCACCUGGCCUCCUUGCUUGGGGUGGCCCCCGCCUCCAACAGGGCCUCCCGGAGCCCGCGUUUUUCCUCCCUAGGAGGAUCUCGGGGUGGGCCACUGAGGCUGUUCGGUACCUUAGCGACCCUGAUCCGGGGGAACGCACCGCUGCCCCAGGCUGCAGCACUAUCACAGUAAUUAGCUAAUGUAAAUAAAUUUAUUUUUUUAUGAAUAAUAAAACGCGUUGUG